GGAGCAAACGUGACCGCGCGCUAUGUGCACGUACGUGACGUCAGCGGAUGUUGUUGAGCGCAGCGCAGAGCACAGCUGAGAGGAACAACAAAAGACACGACGAUCUCACAGCUAACCACAGUUUAUUCCAGUCAGUCUAACCAUGGGUCGGAUAUUCUUGGACCACAUUGGAGGCACGCGUCUGUUCUCCUGUGCCAACUGUGACACCAUCCUGACCAACCGAUCUGAGCUCAUCUCCACGCGCUUCACUGGAGCCACAGGCAGAGCCUUUCUCUUCAACAAGGUAGUGAACUUGCAGUACAGCGAGGUGCAGGACCGUGUCAUGCUCACCGGCCGCCACAUGGUGCGCGACGUCAGCUGUAAGAACUGCAACAGUAAACUAGGCUGGAUCUACGAGUUCGCCACCGAGGACAGCCAGCGCUACAAGGAGGGCCGUGUCAUCCUGGAGAGGGCGCUGGUGAGGGAGAGCGAGGGCUUUGAGGAGCACAUACCCUCAGAUAACUCCUGAUCAAGCCAGAGGAGCAUGGAGAUCAGCCUUGAGCCCACCUGCCCCUCAUCAUCCUGUAGGGUCGUCAAAAGUAUCGAAAAUCAGAUACGAAUCGAUACUGAAACCAGUAUCAAAACUAGAUACUCAUUUGAGCAGGUAUCGAUACAAAAAAGUCACAUUUACAGGAGAGAAAUUAACCUUUCCUAAAUAGUUUUAGAAUGAUCUUGAACAAGCACAAGACCACAUAGACUAGUUAGUGUCAAAAUCGAGUUUGAAAAUUUUAGUAUCGCAACAACGCUUCUGUCCUGCAGCCUGCAUCGGAAGACACAUCUGCUGGAUUGUUUUUGCUACAUAGAGGGGCUUUCUGAAUCCAUAAGACACAUUUACACCAGCCUGGGAAGUAGCCUUCAGUGAAAGGAAUGUCUCGCAAUUUGAUCGGAUUGAGAACAAGAACUAGAUGAGUAUUAACCAGAAUGUUUUUAAAAUGGUAAAACAAUGUCAUGAUACUUGAAUUCUCUACUAUUGGGUUGCAUAUUUAUUUGCAACAAUACCAGCAAUUUUUCCACAAUGUAAUGAUGAAUAAUUGUGAAAUUGUCAACGUCUGUGUUAUACAGUUGCAUUCUUAAAAGAUUAGUUUUCAAAUGGAAACAGAGGAUUUGUAUCCUCCUGGCCCCUUGUCAUUUUGUCAAUCUUAUCGCGUUUAGAUUUACACAUUUAAUGUGGAACUAAACACUAAAUCUUUUUUUUUCUCGACUAAACUCUGUACAUGGUGUUUUAAUAGGAAUCUACUCUUCCUAGUCAUUUUUGGCACCUUUAGUGCAAACUAGGUACAUUUGCCACUUUCUGGUAAAAAAUAUCUGAGUCUAAGUGUGUGCUGCCUUCAGUGGCUUCUGUGAUUUCAAUUACUACAUGACAUCACACAUGACCGCCCUGAUUACAGUCAGGUGCUUUUGAUUACAGACACCUCGCUGCAGGGGCAGAGUGUGGAUACCUGUUAGACUAAUCACUAGGCCUGUCAUGAUAACACAGUUUGAAGUGUGAUAUUUUGCUGAAGUAAAACAAAUUUAAGCCACUGAAACAUUUUUUUAAAAGCAUGAGCUGCAAUAAAAAAAAAAAAAAAUGCAGAAUGAAACACUUCAGUAUUAAUAGUUCAUAGAAGUUAUUAAUUCAAACUUCUACACUUCAAAUCUCAUCAUAUAGCCAAAAAAUAAUCAAAAUUUCCCAGUAUUGCAAAGAAAAAGUACUUUCAGUUAUAUAACAUAUAUUAAAUGAUAAAUUGAUAUAGUAAUUAACAUGAGAGGCCUACCAAUCACACUAUUCCUUAUACCUCCAUACUCCGCCCCUCCUCCUUCCCCACUCCUCUUUAGUCCUCCAGGUACCACCCAGUUUAGCAGUGAUGUGAUUGUGGGUGGAGUUUAAGUGUUUACUCCCACUUUAAACAAUUGUUUAUUUAAAAAUCUAUCCAUUGUGAUCUAAUAUCAGAAUAAAAAUGUCUAGUUUCUAAAUCGGUCAGACUACAUUCAACCAACUGCACUAUUUUUUGAAGAUAUUUUGUUCAAGUGUGUGGGACGAGUGCAGAGGAUAGAUUGUAUAUGUUGAUCCCACACAUGAUUUUGUUGACCUCUGUGGCUUCACUGUGAUUUUUGCUUUUGUGGUGCUUCCAUACUGUGUGGCUCUAUUGUACAGACAGGCUAAUUCACGAUGCGCACUGGUCACUUGCUACUCUUUAGACUCUUAUCAAAACCCAGUCAUUUUGGUGUGACCUCAACAGUUUAUUUAAAAUAUCUUGAAUUAUAAAUAUUGAACUGGAUUUGAACCAUUUUGGGAGCUUUGGUUUAAAUAAUCUAUGGGGUAAGAAAAUUGUGCUUGGACUGUCUUACUUUUAAAUUUUGGGGUGAAAUAAAAAAACAACAAUAUAUUAGGGUUGUCAGAAGUAUCGAUAAUCACAUAUUAAGCAAUACUAAAACUAAUAUAUACUCAUUUGAGCAAGAAGUAUUGAAAUUUUAGUAUCAUGAAUAUAAUAUAUAUGAAAACAGAACCAUUUUAGAAGUCAGUUGGUCAAAUGAUUGUUACUUGGUUCAAGAUUUCUUUUAAAAUUUAAAAUCAAAUCCAGAUUAAUAUUGUAAAUUUUGGCAUUUAAGCGUGAUUAUUGCAGUUAGGAAAUGUAGUAUCUUUUGCAGUACAACAUUUUUUGUGUGUGCCAGUGUUUGGGUUCUGUUCGGUGUUGUCUGCCAUGUGCUACCCAAAUGAUUAUAGUCAAGUUAUUGAUAAUUAAAAUGGAACCUAUUAUCCUGCAUAUAAUUAACCUCAGAAAUACCACGUAAAUAAGUAUUUGGCUCUUAUAAUAAAUAUUUUAAUAAAGUACAAUAAAAUUCAGUCACAUGGCAUACACUUAAAGCCACACUAUGUAACUUUUUGGUCAAAAAAUAGACAAAAAUAAAAGCAUGUUUUUUUUGGGGUUUUUUUUCAAGUUUUAUUGCAUUGUAAAAUGUAAUGAAACAUGUGUCCUUACUCUGAACGGGCUCACAUAUCCACAAACCUGACUUAUUUGGCCUGGAGGAGGGCCUGCUCCUGCUUGUUUCCACAGAAAUCUUGUUCCUUUGGCUAUAAUCUUCCAAGCUAAGGCAUUAAACUUAUCUGUCUCCAUGGGGAAAGUAUGGCUUUGUGACUUUAACUGUGUAUUUCCAUGGAAACAUGCAGGAGACGUGCUAUCUCCAGAAAGUUACAUACUGUACAUUUAAAAAAAUUGAAUUCUGUAACUGGUGCAAGUUGACUUUGAACAACAUAGAUUAGUUUGUUUUUUUGUUUUUUUUACAUUGAAAUGAGUGAUGUGAUGUUGCUUUAAUUACCUUUUAAGUACUAUUGUAUGUACUAUGUUAUGGAUAUUUCUUGAAUUGUGUAUUUUUUCUGAAUGUAAGCUUGAUACACAUCUUUGAACAGAUUUUAUAAAUAAAUAUGAAUACUACUUGAUUGACU